UUUACCACCACCAGAGACGCACUAACAACGACUGUCUGGGAGUCACUGCCAGUUCCAACACUAAACUGUUGCCUGCCUGCCUGACCUGACUCUUGUUUUUGACCGACCAGUUUCACACUAGUUGACUUCUUCUAAUAUUUUUCCUGAAGUUUUUAUUUUCUUCUUCUUUUUGGACAAGGACAAGCAUUCACCAUGCAGUCCUGUGCCAGGUGUGGGUUUGUGGUCUACCCAGCUGAGAAGAUCAACUGCAUUGAUCAGAACUGGCAUAAAGCAUGUUUUCACUGUGACGUCUGUAAGAUGGUGCUCACUGCCAAUAACUUUGUCAGCCAUAAGAAGAGGCCAUACUGCUCUGUACACAAUCCAAGGAACAACACAUUCACGAGUGUCUACGAGACCCCCGUCAACAUCAACGCGAAGAAGCAAAGCAAGGCGAGCAGUGAGCUGAAGUAUCGCGAAGAUGGCGAGCGCUUUAUGUCCACUUUCCACCAAGACAUGAGGUCCAUGGAGCUGGAGAAGGCUCGUCUAGCCAAUCAGAUGGCCAGCCAGGCCUUUAAGUCUCAGUCUGGGUUCUCACAGCAGCAGACUUUCUACUCAGGCAUGGUGACCAACCAGGAGAUAGUAACAGUGUCUCAGGCCCAGAAGACCAUCAGUGACGUGAAGUACACAGAGGAGUACGAGCAGUCAAAAGGAAAAGGCAGCUUCCCUGCCAUGAUCACACCAGGUUACCAGGCUGCAAAACAAGCCAAUACUUUGGCCAGUAAUCUGGAAUACAAAAAAGGACAUGAGGAGAGAGUUUCAAAGUACACCGCAUUCGUUGACCCUCCAGAGGUGCUUCUGGCCAAGAAACAAGGACAAAUUGUUAGCGAUUACACCUAUACAGAAGAAUAUGAGCAGCAGAGAGGUAAAGGGAGUUUUCCUGCACAUCUUACACCUGGAUACAAGAUGUCAAAGAAGGCCAGCGAGCAGGCCAGUGACAUAAAGUAUCGUCAGAUGUAUGAACAGGAGAUAAAGGGUAAAGCCAGCACUGAUGCAGCAAUGUCGGAAGCACUCCAUGCUAAAGAAAAUGCAGAGAACUUCAGCCAGAUUGCCUAUACUGAGGAGUAUGAGCAGCAACGAGGCAAAGGAAGUUUCCCCGCCAUGAUCACUCCUAGUUAUUAUCUUGCAAAGAAGGCUCAGGAAAACGCUAGUGAUCUAAAAUACAAGAAGGACUUAAGCAAGAUGAAGGGCACCUCACACUUCCAUAGCCUGACGUCCGAGGACAACCUGGCUUUAAAGAACGCCCGAAAGAUCAACAAGCUUGUCAGUGAGGUUGAGUAUAGGAAAGACUUGGAGAACAGCAAAGGUCACAGCAUUAAUUUCUGUGAGACGCCACAGUUUCAAAACGCUGCCAAAGCUGCCAAAUUUGCAAGUGAUAACAAGUACAAAGAGAAGUACACCAGCGAUAUGAAGGGCCACUAUGAAGACUCAGGCAUUGACAAGAAGACUAUGCAUGCUAUGAAAGCAAGGAAACUGGCUAGUGAUAUCUCUUACAAACAAGGCUGUGAACAGGAGCAGGGUGAAUACAACUACCCAGCCACCCUCACACCAGGCUACCAGAGCCAAAGGAAACUGGAUCCACUAAAGGAUAAGAACUACAGGCAACACAUUGAUCAGGUCAAGUAUCAUCCAGUGACAGAAACACCCGAGAUUGCUUUAGCAAAGAAAAACGCUCAGCUGGUCAGCAAUCUAAAUUACAAAGCAGACUAUGAAAAGACCAAACAUCAGUACACACUCUCCGAGGACCUGCCCCAGAUCAAAAAAGCCAAAGCCAACGCUGCCUUGUUUAGUGGCAUUAAAUAUAAGGAAGAGUGGGAGAAAACCAAGUCUAAAGCCUGUGACAUCGGCAUGGACGACCUGAGUGUCAAAGCAGCGAAGGCUUCCCGUGACCUCGCCAGUGAUAUUAAAUACAAGGAGACCUACAUGAAGGACAAAGAAAAGGCAGUGGGGUAUAACACGAGCGACUCCAAGACUCUGCACUCACUUCAAGUGGCCAAGAUGAGCAGUGAUAUUGAGUACAAGAAGGGCUCCAAGGAGGGACAGGCCCAAUUCAGCCUUCCUCACGACAUGAUCAACUUCAGCCAUGCCAAAAAGGCUCAGGCCCUCGCCAGUGACCUGGAAUACCGCACAAAGCUGCAUGAGUACACCGUCAUGCCUGAUGAUAUCAAGGUCCAGCAGGCCAAGAAGGCUUAUUCCCUGCAAAGCGAGAACCAGUACCGUUCAGACCUGAACUGGAUGAAAGGAGUGGGCUGGGAGACUGAAGGAUGUAUGAACGUCACCCAGGCCAAGAAAGCUGGAGAGCUGCUUAGCGAUACUAAAUACCGUCAGAAAGUAGACAGCAUCAGGUUCACCCAGGUGGCGGACGAUCUCUCCAUGAAACACGCCAAGAAGAGCCAGGAACUGCAGAGUGAUCUGGCAUACAAAGCAGACACAGAGCAGACCAUGCACCAGUACACCAUGACAAAAGACGAGCCCCUUUUCAGACAAGCAAAGGCUAACGCUGACCUUCUCAGUGAGAAAGUGUACAAGAGCAGCUGGGAGAAGCAGAGGGAUAAGGGCUUCGAGCUGCGUUUGGACUCUCUCUCUAUACUCACUGCUAAAGCCAAAAGAGACCUGGCCAGUGAUGUCAAAUACAAGCAGAACUAUGAGAAAAACAAAGGAAAGGUUAUUGGCAUUAAGUCAGUCAGUGAUGACUCUCAGAUGGCCCACUCUGCUCUGGCCACCAAACUACAGAGCAACCGCAACUACAAGAAGGAUUAUGAGGAUACUAAGAGCAAAUACAGUAUUUAUCUGGAUAUGCUGAACAUCAGCCAUGCCAAAAAGGCUCAAGACCUGGCAACCGAGACCAAUUACAGGACUUUCCUCCAUGAGUACACAACCGUGCCAACUGACAUUCAUGUUUCCUGGGCUAAGAAAGCCUAUGGCCUGCAGAGCGAUAAACAGUACAGGUCAGAUCUGAACUGGAUGAAGGGCGUCGGCUGGGAGGCCUCAAAAUCUCUGGACGUCCAGCAGGCGAAGAAAGCGGGGGACCUCGCAAGCGAGAAAAAAUAUCGACAGCAUGUGAGCGGUCUGAAGUUUACUAGUGUUGAAGACACUCCAGAGAUGGUCCAGGCCAAAGUCAGCAACAAACUGGCCGUUGACAGGUUGUACAGGGAGAAAGGUGAAAACAUGAAGCACAACUACACACUCAGUGGCGAGCUGCCUGAGAUGGUUCAGGCCAAGAUCAAUGCUGUGAACCUGAGCGAGAGCUGUUACAAGGAAUCUUGGAAGAAGUUACGUGAUGGCGGUUACAAGCUGCGUCUGGAUGCCAUUCCUUUCCAGUCUGCCAAAGCAUCCGGGGAGAUCCUCAGCGAUCAAAAGUACAAAGAAGAAUUUGAGAAGAGCAAAGGGAAGAUGAUCGGACUGAAGGGACUGCAGGAUGACCUGAACAUCGCUCACUCUGUCCAUGCCAACAAGCUACAGAGUGAUAUUAAGUACAAGCAGGACUCGGCGAAGCAGCUCUCAAAGUACAACCUCUCCAUGGACAUGAUGGAGGUCGCCCACGCUAAAAAGGCCCAGUCGCUGGUCAGUGAUCAGGACUACAAGCUCACCCUGCAUCAGUACACCUCGCUGCCUGAUGACAUGAAGGUGCAGGCGGCCAAGAGAGCAUACGCUCUGCAGAGCGAGAACGUAUAUCGCUCUGACCUGAACUACCUGCGCGGUGCAGCUUGGAUCGCCACAGGGGCUCUGCAGAUAGAAGGCUCCAAGAGGGCCACAGACCUCAUCAGUGAUAAAAAGUACCGUCAGCAGCCGUACAACUUCAAACACACCUCUGUGGCUGACUCUCCAGACAUCAUCCAUGCCAAACUCAGUGGACAGAUCACAAACGAGCGUUUGUACAAAGAGAAAGGGGUGAAUGACCAGCACAGUUACACCAUAACAUCUGAGAGACCAGAGAUUACACAAGCGAAGAUCAAUGCAGCCAACUUUAGUGAGAUCAAGUACAAAGAGUCCUGGCACACUCUGAGGGCUCAGGGCUACAAACUCACCAUGCAGGACAUACCCUUCCAGUCCGCCAAGAGCUCCACAGGCAUCGCCAGUGAUUACAACUACAAACACAAUCACCUGCUGGAAAAAGGGAAGCACAUUGGGGUCAAAAGCGUCUUGGAGGACCCGCGUCUCCUGCACUGCAUGCAGGCAGGCCGGCUGGCCAGCGACCAGGAGUACCGCAAGGAUGCCCUGACAGCCAGCGGGCAGUACCACCUCACCCCAGACAUGAUUCACCUGGUGACGGCUAAGAACGCCCAGGCCCUCGCCAGCGAGCAGGACUACAGGAAGAAACUGCACGAGUACACAGUGCUUCCCGACGACAUGAAGGUCAAAUGGGCCAAAACGGCUUACAACCUGCAGAGUGAGAAACUCUACAAGUCAGAUCUGAACUUCAUGAAAGGAGUGGCCUGGGAUGGUGUGGGUGCACCUCAGCUGGAGUCUGCUAAGAAGGCUGGAGAACUUAUAAGUGAUAAGAAGUAUCGUCAGCUGCCAGACAGCCUGAGGUUCACCUCAGUGACUGACUCUCCUGAUAUUGUCCACGCUAAGACGAGCUAUCAACAGUGCAGUGAGAGAUUGUACAAAUCUGGGAAGAAUGAUGACAUGCAUAAGUACACUUUACACUCAGAUGAUCCAGACUUUGUCAGAGCCAAGGUUAACGCCCAGCAGAUUAGCGAUAAAGUUUAUAAGUCGUCUGGGGAACAAGUGAAGACGUUUGGCUAUGACCUCAGGCUGGACGCUAUUCCCUUCCAAACUGCUAAGGCAUCCAGGGAAAUUGCCAGUGAUUUACGCUACAAGGAGUCCCAUUUGAAGGAGAAGGGCCAGCAGGUGGGGCUGCGCUGCGUGGAGGAUGACCCUAAGAUGGUGCACUCUCUGGCAGCCAGCAAACUCCAGAGCAACCUGGAGUAUAAACGUCAAUCCAAGGAGGACCGGGCUCACUACAAAAUCCAUGCUGACCAGCCAGAGUUCCUGCAGGCCAAAAAGAGCCAGGCUCAGGCUAGUGACCUCACCUACCGCCACAAGCUCCACGACUACACCUGUGACCCCGAGCAGCUCAAUGUCAAGCAUGCCAAACAGGCCUACAAGCUGCAGAGUGAUGUGAACUACAAGUCAGACCUGAACUGGAUCAAAGGAGUGGGCUGGACCCCUCCUGGCUCCCACAAGGCCCAGCUUGCUCGUCGGGCUGCAGAGCUUGGGCUGGCUGAGGGAGUCAGCACUGAUGAGGCUAUUGCAAACUAUCAGUACAUGAUGAUGAUGCACCGCCAGCAACAGAUGGAGGAGCAGCAGCAGCUGCUGGAGCAACAGCAGGCUUCAGAGCAGGUGGAGACCAGCGAGGAGAUUCACCACGGCGGCGUCAACAUGGACGCCAUGGAGGUCCUUCACGUCAAGAGGAAGAAGACCAUCCAGACGGUCCAGAAAAAGUCAACCACAACCUCGUUCAAAUCCAUGGAGAAGAAGUCCAGCACCACCUCCUCCACCUCCUCAUCAGCCGCCAUCCAGAACACAGUCAAGACGUCGAUGUCUAGUAAAGCCGCUGCGAUAGAAGACGCGUAGAUCGGAGAGGAGUUUUUAUAGACGAUAGUGUUUAGAGAACAUUAAAGAGGGCCACUUUCAGAAAGGGUGGAUUACUUUUACAGGUGGUGUAUGUGGUGUCUGAUUUGAAAUGACUCUGUAGUUACACGAGAUGCCACACCAAUGUACUGUAGGUGCAACAGAGGGGAUUAAGCAUGUUGAAUCAGGAUGGGACUUGUCAAGUUAGUUAAAAGGGUUGUCAUUGUAUGUAGUGAGCAAAAAAGAAUUCAGAAAGAAACUUCAACUUUAGGUUGAAUGCAAGGUAUUUAUGACAUUUUGUCGACACUUCUAAAUGGGUUAAAUUGCCUCUAAAGGACCGUGUUCAACACCAGCUCGUGCAAAAACAUCAAGGACACCAAUACCGAAUUCAGGUCGUUUGAGGAUAAAACUGAUACUGUAUGAAAUAUCAAAUGGAAAGUUUGCAUUUUGAUUUUGUAUAUUGAGUGUGUUUAGAAAAUAUGAAGCUGGACCAGAGAUUGAUAUAUGGUCAGCACAGCAGGGAAUAUUUUUCAUCAUUUAUUUAUUUUUUAUCUUUAGAGAAGAACACGUGCGACAAGUUGAGCGACGCAAAAUCUCGUUGCAGCCCUGCAAAACAUGCGGUUUUUCUUACGGGGUCUGCUAAACCCAGUGCACUUUGAGCUAGGCUCAGUGAGAAAGAAGUCUAGGCCUACUGAAAUGAUGUGUGAUCUACAUUUUUGUCUGGCAGGUUCAGCUUCGUGAGUUUGUAACAGUGCCCUUUUUAACUCAAAGCUGGGCUGGGAGUAAAUGCUUGGUUUUAUUGCUGAUAAAAUAAACUGUUUUUUUCCAAGGCAAA